AUGCCCCAACAAUUCCAUUUUCAAUCUCAACCUCAAACCAAACCAUCUCAACCCCAAUUUUCAUCCCACCUGCCAUUCGCACCUUCAACCGAACACGAAGAACAACAACAACAACCUCAACAACAAAAGAAAGGGAAAGUUGAUCCGAGAAGAUGGACACAAAAAGAAGAAGUUGAGUUAGCAAGGGCAUGGGUCGACAUAUCUGAAGAUGGUGGCACAGGAAAGGGUCAAAAUCGUGAUCAGUUUUAG